AUGGCCAGUGUGCAGCUCAGUUCCAGAGACAUCUCUGUGUUUUCAAAUGAAUAUAAAGAGCGAAGAAGGCUUCAGAUGAUGCGUUUCUUUGGUGCGACGGCAUUCACUCUAAUAUCUGCACGUUUGGCCUUCAGAGGGGUUCAAUCUAGGAAGUAUGUGCCUAAUAUGUUUCAGCUAAAUCACAAACCGCCAACAUACUCUUUUCAGGGCGAAGCGGUUAGCGCACUUGCAUUUGGGACAGGCCUAGCCACAGGCACUUUUUCCAUGCUUGUCUUUGGCACUUGUUGGGUAUGGGACAUAUCGUCGCUGGCAGAGUUCACACUAAAGAUGAAGAAACUCAUGGGAGAGCCAGUGACUGAUCAAGCACUUUUGGAAAACACACCCAUGGACGAAGAUACUAGGAAAGUUGCAGAGGCGCUCGAAGACAUGCUCAAGGGCUCACGGAAAGAUUGA